AUGUCCGACGCAAGGUUAUACACCUUCUCGCAAGAGACCAAGGAUGCCCUACGGAAAUUCCGCCUCGGAACCUCCAGAGCGAAGGAUCCCCAGGCCAAGAUCUACAUGAUCGACACCAAGACCCAGGAGAUUCGGGCCCAAGAUAACGACACGUAUUCGGACAUGCUCGAGCUGGCCGACGAGCUUCCAGACUCCUCGCCUCGAUUCGUGCUGUUAAGUUAUCCGCUUACCCUGCCAUCCGGACGCAUGUCCGUGCCAUACGUUAUGAUUUACUACCUACCGGUCAACGCCAACCCGAACUUGAAGAUGUCCUAUGCGGGCGCGGUGGAGCUAAUGCGCUCGACGGCUGAGGUUAACCGGGUUCUUGAGAUCACGGACGCGGAGGAUUUGCAGGAGAUAGAGAAGAAGCUGCAGGGCGAGGACUGA